AUGCCAAUAUUGUCCCAUGACUCCAACAGCCAUCCGAUUCUCAAGAACUCAACUAGCCAGUCUCUCGCUGAAAUGAUUACCAGUGGCAUGUUCAAGCGUCAAACGGUUCGAGAUCUGAUUGCACAGCAACAGGGCAAUCAACAUGCUAAAGUUCACUAUACACUCAAAGCCAAGAGAGCGCUUGCUGCCGAACUAGGAUACUGCGUGUUGGAUUUCUUCGAUGCUAGCUUGGAUUCUAAAGAUAUAUGCUUUUUUGGGUCAUUGGACAACUACACCGGAAGGGACAGGUUAUACCGUUCAUUCUCGUCUCAAUUCCCUAGCUCUCCGGAAUUCCGAGCUUUCCGUAUUGGGCAUCCAGUAUUGCUUUCCUUGGCAAAGAUUUUACUGGAGCUAGAUGAUGGAGAGGCCAUACCGCUAGAUAUACGUCCUCACUAUGGCAAAGAAAAUGAUCGAGCAUGGUUGCAGCUCUUAUCAAGCUUGGACGUCUUGCAAGAAGGAGGCGCAAGGCUAGAAGACUCCUAUACGGAAGCCAUCAGAGGGUGUCUGAACGUUCAUAGCCAACUUCAACACGUCAAAGCUGAAGGUCCUCAAGCAGAUAUGCUUAUUCGAGACAAGCUCUACCACCACAUCGUCCAGCAUCUCGAGACUGCUUUGGAAAACUGCUUACCAAAUCUUGGUUUAAAACGCCAGCACUCUAUGAACCCAGAAAUCGAAUCAAUAAUGGAGCCUAUGAACAAACGAAUCCGCACAAUAGAAAAUAAUGCCGACUCUGUGCAUGUCUCUGACAUUCCCGGAGAGCCAUCAGAUACAUAUCGUGAGCUGCCACGACGGCAAGAUGGCUUAGGCAAGGACGUUCCUGCUGAGUCAAGGCCGCACUUUGAUACAAAGGCCGGAUCUUUUAAGGGAGAGGCUCAGCCUUCAAAGGAUCGGUGCGGCUUUAAGGCCGCCAUUAUAUGCGCUCUACCACUAGAAUUUGACGCUAUCCGAUCACUCUUUGACUCCAUCUGGCAAGAGCAGCAUCACCACUACGGUAAGCUCAAAGGCGACACGAACCACUACGUCAAUGGGCGUAUAGGCGACCUUGACGUUGUUGUUCUCCUUCUUUAUAGUAUGGGCAAAGUAAGCGCAGGAACUGCAGCUGCCCGCUUACAAUGUUCCUAUCCAGAGUUAGAAGUGGUCUUCCUAGCUGGUAUCUGCGGCGGUAUCCCAGAAGUACAAUCACCUAACGGUGGAAAAAGAGCAGUCCUUCUUGGUGACGUUGUAGUCAGUUCACACAUGGUACAGUACGACUUUGGAAGAAGAUCAGCAGAGAUUUUGGAACGAAUCCAGCAGAGCAACCCGAAAUAUCAGCACCCUGGUUCAGCUAGUGAUCGGCUCUACGAACCAACCUACCAACAUCAGAUCGACACUUUGGUACUAUGCACAUGCUUCAGCAGCCCAAGCCUAAUAUGCGAGCGCUGUCGUGGUGUCUCCUGCGACGAGGCGGGAUGCGAUGAGAAAUUCCUUGUAGCGAGAUGUCGACUGCAGGAGAAAAUGCUCUUGGAAGAGCAAGGUGAUAUUUGCGAGGCACAAAAGCCUUUGAUCUUUCUGGGGCGGUUUGGUUCUGGAGACACAGUGCUCAAGUCGAGUAAGGAUCGAGAUGGACUUGCUGAGCGGCUUGGCAUUGCGGCUUUUGAGAUGGAGAGCGCUGGUUUGUGGGAAGACUUGCCAUGUGUUGUGGUGAAAGGUGUCUGCGAUUAUGCAGACUCUCACAAGAAUAAGGAAUGGCAAAACUUUGCUGCAGCAACGUCGGCUUCUGUUGUUAAAGCUUUGUUAGAACGCUAUAUCAUAACUGAUAAAUAGAUUCUAA